AUGUCUGAAGCAGAUGUUGUGUGCAUGCUGUGUGGCUGGGUCGAUUUCGACCUGGACACCUACGGGCGCUUAUUUGACCAGAUUUGGUUUUGGGUCCAUGAGUUCUGCUUGAUUUUUGCCAACAUCUCUUUUGACGAAAUACCAAGAGACCAGGGAACUGUGCACAUUGAUUGUGCUGCCCUCACACGCAAGGUCAAGCAGGCAAAACAGAAGCAAUGCUGUGUUUGUGGAGAGAGGGGUGCUGCCAUCACCUGUGCUGAAAGCGGCUGUGAACGAAGCUUCCACCUGCCGUGUGCCAAGGACGGGCAGUGCGUCACCCAGUUCUUUGGGCAGCACAGGUCCUACUGCUUUGAGCACCGCCCUCGACAGACAGCAGUGACAGCUUCAGCAACCGGCACCCGCUGCGCCAUCUGCCAGGCGACGGUGGGGAACACUGCAUCCUACCACACCCUGGUGUGCUCGGUUUGCAAACAUGCCUGGUUCCACCGGGGCUGCAUCCAGCAACAGGCCUUGAAUGAUGGCAAGGCGUGUUUCUGCUGUCCUGUCUGCCAAGACAAUGCUCUUUUCCAAAUAGAGAUGUCCAUCCUCGGGAUCCAAAUCCCAGACAGAACACCAGCACGGGAGGACAAGCGUGCAUUCACAUCACUUCUGCAGAGGCCCAGGCUCUGUGAUGCCAUCGUGUGCUUUUACCCCGGAGGCAGAGAGCUGGCAGAAGAAGAGGGGUAA